AUGCGUCACUCCUCUCUCGUGGUGUGCGUCCUCCAGGACUCGGGGACCCCUGCGGGCAGUGCUCUGUUGACAAGCAAACCGCCGGGGGGGCAGCCCGGGAAUGGAAGUGGGGUGGCUGGUGGUGCGGCCCGAAGGCUGUCCCCGUGUCCCCGAGUGAGCCGAAGGCAGUGCCAGACGCUGAGCACUGGGCUAAGGGACAGUAUUCCAGCGAGUGAACCUUCAGCAAGCACAGCCGCUGAAAGUCAUCUUCUUCGAAAAGGCCUUCCUUGUGUGAAAAAUGAACUUGUGCCCACUCAUCCUCUUGAAUUAUCAGAACAAAAGUUCCAGCUCAACUAAGAUAAAAUAAAUUUUUUGCUAAAAUUACAAAUGGAAUUCAAGGCAGAGCAACAGGCUCAGAGUCUUCCAUUUCUUCUGAGCUCAAACUUUUCUCCGAGUAUCCUCAGGGGUAAGGAGACUAUUGGAUGUGAAGAUAUUCUUAAUGACCUGUCACAAAGUGAAUCAAUGGGGGAGCCACACUUGAUGGCAGAAUGUGACCUUGGUUUCCUAUCAUCUCUUAUGCUUCGCCCAAGUGUCAUCCGCAAUGCACUGGAAGGCAACGGGGAAGAACUCUCCACCCCAAGUGGUUUGAGGCCGGGCGGAGGCAGCUCCCCGCGGGGAUGCUCUGGACGCCAGGGCCCCACGCCGGACGUUUACGCCAGUCCUGAUCGCUGCCUCACGGCGAAACGCUGCCGAGAACAUCCUCGCACGUGCAUCUAG